AUGCACAAGGAUGCUCUGCAUUCACGCCUGAUGUCCUGUAAAAUAGAAGGCAGCAGUCGAAUUCUGUCCCAAUCUAAUUAUUGUGUUGUAAAACUUGAAUGUUUCAAUUAUGUAGGAAGUGACCGAAUAUCCUGGCAAAGAGAUAGGCAAAGUGAGAAACGCGACAAGGAAGGAGAGACGUUGCGAGAGCCUGAAAAGGCUGUACCGCUUAUCAUGCCACGAUAUGAAUUGACAUCAGGAUACGUUGGUGCUGAUUUAGUAGCGCUUACAGCUAGAGCGGCAUCGUUGGCCAUUAAAAGGGCUUUCUUGGAAGUACAUCAAAAAAAGCAAGAGGAGGCUGCGAAGAAUAUCCCAAUCGUUGAUUUACUCGAAGAUACCGAAUCCGCUAAAGAAAAUGGCAAUAAGCAAACUCAGGGAAGUGUCGAGAAAGAAUCGACACAAGUUGAAGCACCGAGUGAAGAUCCGGAAAAUUUAGAAGUUACGAUUAUCACAGACAACGACGUGGUUGUAGACGGUGAAGAACCGCAAACUGAAAAACCAUCAUCCGAUGGUACCAGUGCACCGAAAGAGGUACAAGAAACAGGUGAUGCCAAAGCAGAGAGUACUGGGGAGGCUAAGGCGAAUGGAGACGGUGAAAAGACAACAAGUGAAGUGACUACGACCGAUGCAGGAGUCGCUCUCCAAGCAAGUGAAGAAGAAAAGAAAGACGAAGGUACAGAAAAAAUGGAGACAGAACAAGCCGAUGGAGUUGUUGCCACAAAUGACAAACAGAUUGACAAGGAUGAAAAGACUGCACCGGCUGAAGAGGUGGUGGAUGCUAUUGACUUAGAUGAACUUCCCGACGAACCUGAACAAACAGCAGAGAAACCAAGAAGUAAAGACAUCACACUAUUUGAAUUAUUAGGUUGGCUACAGGAGGAUACAGAUGUGAUUAUGGCCAAACGUGAAGGAUUCAUCACAGUUCCCGAUGUUAGUUGGGACGAUAUCGGCUCACUGCGUAACAUUCGAGAAGAAUUACAAUUGGCCGUGUUGGCUCCCGUUAAAUUCCCGGAGAAGUUGAAGGCACUCGGAUUGACGGCUCCGUCCGGGGUGUUGUUGUGCGGACCGCCCGGUUGUGGGAAAACCUUGCUUGCCAAAGCUAUUGCAAAUGAGGCUGGCAUUAAUUUUAUAUCAGUGAAAGGACCUGAACUUAUGAACAUGUACGUUGGCGAAAGUGAACGCGCUGUUCGACAAUGUUUCCAAAAAGCGCGAAACUCUCAGCCAUGUGUCAUAUUCUUCGAUGAAUUUGACUCACUUUUUCCGAGACGAUCUGAUGCGACUGAUGGCGGUUCAGCAGCAAGGGUGGUGAACCAACUGCUCACAGAAAUGGACGGAGUAGAAGAAGCCAGUAAUCGGCUAGACAUUAUUGACCCUGCCGUGCUGCGACCAGGCCGAUUAGACACAGUUUUGUAUGUUGGAUUGCCCAAGAGACAGGACAGAAUAGAAAUCAUCCAAGCGCUCACAAAGAACGGAUCAGAGCCAGCAUUAGACGAAGACGUCGAUCUCAACGAAAUAGCAGACAUGACAGAAGGUUUCACGGGAGCCGAUCUAUCAGGACUAAUAAGGCAAGCAGCUCUGUUAAGGCUAAAGGAAUCCAUUUCAGGGAACACGGAAGAUGACAAUAAACAUUUUGUACAAGCUCUGAGCCUAACGAAACCGUCUGUUAGCGCGGAGGACCAGAAAAUCUACAAAAAACUAAGGCUGAAGUACGCUGCACCGCGAUCAACACAAAUGCAAGAAUAAUAGAAUCAAA